AUGUUGCUUGGAAAGUUGCUGUUGGCGUUUUUGCUACUAGUGAUCCUGAAUAUCCUCGAUGGUCAGGUGCCUGGAGCAAGAGUAUCUACCAUGGUAACCAAAUACAUGACUCCAGUGAUAACAGCAAAAGGUAAUCUUACAUAUGAAAGUCAUGCAUCGAACAUCGAACAGCUGCAAUUUGUCAUUUCAAAAGAAUCCACGAAAGGACGCGCUAAGCAUCCAAAUGUUACUUUUGCUAUUCAAAUCACUCGGAAAUCAUGUAAGGCGAUAAAACUAUGUUUCGGGAAUGAGACCAAUUUAUUUCGUCAUUUGGAAUUACUCUCAAAGGUAAAAUUUGGUGAGAAAAGUUACAACAGGAAGUUAAGCCAGGGAGUUUUUGCACUGGUGGAACGUUCGGCAUAUGAAGUAGAUGCGUGCUCGGGAAUGACGGCAAUCGAAUGGGAAUUCCCGGGAGUGUGGACAUGGAGCAAUACGAGUCAGAAAAAAGGAUAUAUGUAUUACUCAGCUUUAUACAAAGGUGGAAUACCAGACAGCUAUCGCAGUAAAAUGAGUGGUAUGUCAAAUGUCGAAACAAUUAUCAUACAUAAUGAUCUUGAUUCAAAACCGCAGAAACUUGGUUUGGAAGUACGACAUGGGCCAACACUUUUCAACAAGCCUAUAGAUGAAACAACACCUGCCUACACUACAUUUUAUGAAACAUUCGAUCUGUGGUCCAAAUCGAAAGCAUUAUAUUUUGUUUUAGCUCAGGAUGCCAAUAAAUGCGGGGCGCGUUUUUCAGCACCGUUGACUACUCACACAUUCAUGAAACGUGACGUUAUUUUCAAUUUCCGUCCUGGAAUAGUAUACCGCGUCAGAAAAGGUGUAAAUAUCUGGUCCAUACCUCUUGGUUUCAUUGUUGGUACCUGUGUUGGAGUUUUUGGAGCUGGUUUUUUGCUGUGCCGAAACUCCAAAAGUUUUUAUAAACGGUGGAAUGCGCAAAUGAAGAAAACAUAUGGGAAAUUCGCAAAUGCCGACGUGACAACAAUGGGAGGUGUUUCACAAGCAACUAUAGCUGGUGGCAUAUCUCAAAUGACGGGGGUAUCACAAAUGGGUGAUACUACAAUAGGUUCUCCCAGUAAUAUAGGAGGUAAAAACCAUUUUAUUUUGAAUCAAUACUCAGCAGAAGAGAACAAUAGAUUAAAGAGAUUGGAGAUUUGA